GAAACCGGCGGUCAUCUAUUCUUUUAGUAGUUAAUAAUAAUUUUAGCAUAUAAAUAGAACAAACCAAUUUAUUUAUCACAUUAUGAGCUUUCGUCAAUGUUAUAAAUUGGUAACAAAGCAAGCCAUUCGCUGGUUUCCCGGCCACAUGGGUAAGGGGCUUAAGCAAAUGCAGCAGAAACUCAAGUCAGUGGAUUGCAUACUUGAGGUGCAUGAUGCCCGCAUACCAUUUUCGGGACGUAAUCCCGAAUUCCAACAUACCAUCGCUGGAGGUGGUGUUAAACCACACAUAUUGGUGCUGAAUAAAAUGGAUCUUAUAUCGCCCAAGGAUCAACGUUAUAUAAGGGAUGCUUUAAAGGAUAAGGAGCAACUUGACCACGUAAUUUUUACAAAUUGCAAAGAUCAGCAGUGCAGUGGAAUACGCAAACUUAUGCCUUUAGCCAAUGAUUUGAUUGGCAAAUCGGGCCGGUAUAAUCGUGAGGGAGAAAAAGAUUACUGUGUCAUGGUAAUAGGAGUGCCAAAUGUGGGAAAAAGUUCACUCCUCAAUGUUUUGCGUAAUCGACAUUUGAAAAGGAAAUCCGUAUCUCAAGUGGGAGGCAUAGCGGGAGUGACACGUUCUGUGUUGGAGAAAAUAAAAAUAAGUGAAGACCCCUUAAUCUAUAUGAUUGAUACACCCGGAAUAUUGGAACCAAAAAUCAGUAGCGAUGAAAUGGGAAUGAAAUUGGCACUGGUAGGCUGUUUGCAGGAUCAUCUGGUGGGCGAAGACUUAAUUGCAGACUAUUUAUUGUAUUGGCUAAAUAAGAAUGAACGGUUCGAAUAUGUGCCCCUAAUGGGAUUGGAAAAUCCGAAUGAUGAUAUUUCAGAGGUUUUAGUAGCGUAUGCUAACAAACAAGGAGUACAACGUAAACUUAAGGGAGCCGAUGGCCAAAUACUUAUGAUUCCAGACAUACUCCACGCUGCACGGCAUUUUAUUAAACUAUUUAGAACUAAAGCAUUUGGUAACAUAAAUUUAGAUAAAGAAAUAUAGAGACGAAAGAAUCAAAGUAAAAUAUUUAUUUGUAAAUAAAUUGUUUGUAGAAUUGGU